CUGUUCUCAUUAUUGAUUUCAAAUAUAAUUUUAUUUUCUUAUGAUGUAACUCCAUUGUUCAGAAUAUUCAUCAUUCACUUCGUUACUUGAUUCUUUACGAAAUUGUAGUUUAUCCAUGAUGUUUAAUGCCGGUGGUAGCAUAUUUUGGGUGUGAAUGUCGGUCAAAGUAUCUUAUUCACUAAUAUCCUUCGAUCUACACCAACACCCACACCCAUGCUCACUAUCACAGCCAUAUCCUGAAUUAUAGUAUUAUACAUGAUGUUCUUGUUGUUGUCAUCAACACAGCUUUGAAAAUUGUACGAUGCCUUAUGAAUGCUUCAGAUUGCAAUAUAUAUAACAUACAUAUGUUUUUUUUGUGCGAGAAGAACUGAAAUUCAUUUCUUUCACUACUACAUUCAUCGCUAAUAAUAAAUACACGAAAAUUAUAAUGGCGUCUCAAUGUCUACAAAGGAGCGAGUGGACAAGAGAAGAAAGUAACCCAUCUUUUCGUCAAUAUGGAUCGAACACAUUAAGCAACAACAAAAUCUUUUUGAAUGAUGCUUUUUCUGUCGAUACUAACGAAUGCCAAUUCGAUGAGAAAAACAACAAGAAGUGAGAAGCAUUGAUAUUUUAUUGAAUUUCCAAAUUGAUUAGCUUACUAUGUUUUUAGUUGGAUAGUAUCAAGCAAACUAUCACAAUAUUUGAAAUCAUUAUCAUCAUGCUUUUACGGUCUAUUAUUAGGUGCACUUGCAGCUGGUGUAAUAUUGGCUGUUGUAAUCACACUUUGGUGCACAUCAGCACCACAAAGUUCCCAACCAAUGGGGCUGGUACAACUACCUCGACAACUUCAACAACAGCCACAACAACAACGGCAACAACAUCAACAACAACAACAACCACAACGACAACAACAACAACAACAACCACAACAACAACAUCGACAACUUCAACAACCACCACAACAACCACGACCACAACAUCGACAACUUCAACAACAACUACAACAACUACAACAACAACAUCGACAACAACAACAACAACAACAACAUCAACAACAACAACGACAACAACAACAACAACAACGUCAACAACAACAUCGAGAACAACAACAACAACAACGACUUCAACAUCAGCUACAACUUCUACAACCACCUCAACACAAAUGCCUGAAUAAGUAUUUGCUUGCAGGAUGGGCGUUUACUGGAAGUAUGAGUUAUGAUCGAUAUUAUCACACUGCAACUGUGUUGACUAAUGGAAAAGUUUUAAUUGCCGGUGGAUAUUCUACAUCUCUUGCUGCCUUAAGUACUGCUGAGUUGUACGAUCCAGUAACAUGGAUGUGGACAAUCACUGGGAGUAUGAGUGUCACUCGAUAUAUUCACACAGCAUCAUUAUUAACCAACGGAAAAGUAUUAGUUGCGGGGGGAUAUUCUACCACUAAUGCUUAUCUAAAUAGUGCUGAGUUGUAUGAUCCAUCGACAGGAGUGUGGACAGUCACUGGAAGUAUGACUUAUGCUCGGUAUCUUCAUGUAGCAUCAGUGUUAGCAAAUGGAAAAGUGUUAGUCGCUGGCGGAUAUAAUGGAGCUUAUUUAAAUACUGCUGAGUUAUAUGAUCCAUCAACAGGCGUGUGGACACUUACCGGAAGUAUGAGUGAUACUCGAUACUUUCCCACAGCAUCUAUGUUAGCAAGUGGAAACGUACUAGUCACAGGUGGAUAUUCUGCCACUAAUGGUUAUUUAAAUACUGCUGAGUUGUAUAACUCAUCAACAGGCCUGUGGACAGUUACUGGUAGUCUGAGUUAUGUUCGAUAUAUUCAUACAGCAUCUGUCUUAGCAAAUGGAAAAGUUUUAGUCACUGGUGGAUAUAAUGGGGGUGAUAUAAAUACUGCUGAAUUAUAUGAUCCAUCAACAGGUCUUUGGACAAUCACUGGAAGUAUGAGUUAUUCUCGAUAUCAUCACAAAGCAAUUGUGUUAACCAAUGGCAAAGUAUUAGUCACUGCUGGAUAUGAUGUUGUUAGUACUAUUUUAAAUAGUGCUGAAUUGUACGACUCAUCAACAGGUGCGUGGACGAUUACUGGAAGUUUGAGUUAUGCUCGACAUGCUCACACAGCAUGCGUGCUAUCGAAUGGAAAAGUAUUAGUUGCAGGUGGAGUUGGAAUUAGCUCUUCGGAGCUGUAUCAACCAUAA